AUGGAAGCGGAAGGAAAAGCUGCAACUCUGAAUGAUGAUGAAGAAGAAGCAGCAAUGGAUGUGGCCAAAAGGAAGACCAAUAACAGGAGGAGACAGAGUAGUUGUUUAUCUCUUUCAAAGAAGGAUGAUGAUGGUGCAUUAACCAUGGUUUCGCCUUGUAAGGGUCUGAAGACGGGUCUCAAGGCCUUCACAAAUCAGCUUAAGUAUCCAACAUUUAGUACUAAAGAGGAUGAAUUCGACUAUAAUGAUGAUGACAAAGAUGACUUUGAAGAAGGGUUACGUUUGCUCCAAGAGAAAGCUAAUGAUCUGGGUUUGCACGGACAGCAAGCCAAUAUGGUGGCUUAUGCAAAGAAAAAUGGUGCAGGUCCCCAAAACAGUGGUAAAAUGAACAAUGGAGAAAAUGGGCAAGCUGGAAAAAAAGGCGGUUGUGGCAAUGGCGGAGGAAAUUCUAACCAGAAUAUGGGUAUGAAGGGUGCGAUGGAUCAAAAGAACAUGGCAGCUGCAAAGAUGAAUGCCGCCCCCCAUUUGGGUGGUGGGCAUAUAAAUGCCGGUGAGGUUAAAAAGGGAAAUGACAUCAAUGCCAUGUUAUCUGGGCUAAAUGGCCAUGGCCAUGGUUUUGGUGUUGGCCUUGGAGGUGGGCAGCAUCCAUCAACCAUGAUGAACAACUUGCAGGGUUACGAGUUCAAUCAUUCACCAUCAUCAGCUGUGAACUUGUAG